CGUGCUCCCCGCACUCACCCUCCCCAGUUCGGGUUGUUGGCGGUCACUGCCUUACUUCUCCCUUGCCCACCCCCCACCAUGGCCCUUCGCGUCUCCCUCCUCCAGCUCCCACCCCGGGCUCUGAAGUCAGGAAACCCAAGAGGAAAUGACUGCGCCCGUCUGGGUUCCCGCCCGCCAGCCGGCGCUCUCCUGGCCACACCCUCUGCCUGGACGCAGCCGCCGCCGCUACCCUGUCUCCAAAACGCUGCGGGCUCUGGGCCCCCAGCUCGGAGCUAACUCCUCCGCUGGGCUGGGUGACAGUCCCAGAGGGAAGGAAGAGGCCCAGGACCUUCUCCUGUACCCCAACCCCCUCUGGGUGACCAGCAGGGUCAGUCGAAGAGGGAUGUCGCUCUCUGGUCACCUGUGUCUCUUUACCAUCGUUGGCCUGCUUCUUCCCACCACAGGACAGACACAGCCGGUGACUACACCCAUUUCUCGAGCAGACUCAACCCCUGUGAACACACGUGUCCUGACUUCCCCAGUCCACCCAGAACUCCAGCCCGUCCCUCUGACUCCAACUCCGCAGGCUGAUGAAGCAUCACCACCCCCGCCAGAGAACCAGACGCAGCAACCAACGAGUAUGGAUGUGCACCUAACUCUAGGUCCGGGGCCAGACAAGAGCAGCACGGAAGCUGAUCCCACUAAAGGCAUCACGCUCUCCCAGAAGCCGCCAGGCAAAGCCUUCGCCACGGAUCCUGAUCUCGGGCCAACUGGUUCAAGUGAGGAUAACCCCUUCUUCUAUGACGAGACCACUCUCCGGAGACACGGCCUGUUGGUCGCAGCUGUGCUAUUCAUCACAGGCAUUAUCAUCCUCACCAGUGGCAAGUGUAGGCAGUUUUCCCAGUUAUGCCGGAAUUAUAAUAGGUGAGCCCACUGGAAGUGGGGGUCGACGACCUGAUGAGCAUCUGAGACUGAGCCCCCACCAGCUCACCGUGCCUGCCUCCUCCGUCCCCUCGCAGAGCCUACCGAAUAGUGACUAGAGCCUAGCCUGAGAGGGAAGACAUAGAUGAAACCAGAGCCAGGACUGAUGACCUGAGCUCCCUACCCUUUCAAUCCUGCUCACCCUGAAGGCAGCCCAGCUCCCCCAACACUGCCUCCCACAUUGACCAUUCUGUUCAGACAAAAAGUAAAGCACUGUGGUCCUUGUCUCAUGA